GUGCCCUUGUUGUAGUGAUCAAUCCAGCUCCUAAUUUGAAGAUGCUUGGGUUAUUACAGGGUUUUGCAGCUGGUUUGAUGCUUAGUAUUUCCUUCUUUGACCUUGCUCAUAAUGCUCUCAACUCACUUGGCUUCCUCAAAGGGAAUCUCUGGUUUUUUGCUGGCGUAGUAUUCUUUGGUGUUGUUGCCAAUUUUAUCCCUGAGCCGACACUUGCUCCCACUUCCAGUGACAAGAGUAGAAAGAAAAAUGGGGAUGGAGGAGGCAAAGAUAUCAUGAAAAAGCAUCGCCGCCAAGUUUUAUUCAGUGGAAUUAUUACCGCAGUAGGUAUAAGUUUGCACAAUUUUCCAGAGGGAAUGGCAGUGUUCCUUGGUUCAAUUAAGGGCCUUCGUGUUGGCCUCAACUUGGCAUUGGCCAUUGCUCUGCACAAUAUCCCAGAGGGUGUUGCUGUUGCACUUCCUGUUUAUUUUGCUACAGAAAGUAAAUGGCAGGCAUUCAAAUUGGCAUCACUUUCUGGAUUUGCUGAACCCUUGGGUGUUAUUAUUGUAGCCUAUCUAUUCCCUAGCAGCUUAGAUCCUGAGAUUUUGGAGGGUUUGCUUGGAUCAGUUGGUGGAGUUAUGGCCUUUCUGACCCUUCAUGAAAUGCUGCCAUUGGCUUUCGAUUAUGCGGGACAGAAGCAAUCUGUUAAAGCUGUCUUCUUUGGGAUGGCUUUUAUGUCUGCAAGCCUAUAUUUUCUAAGUAUCAGCUUGCCAGAGGACAUGAGCUUGUAGCUGUGAAGGAACAAUCUUAGAUUCUUUUUCUGAAUGUGAUGAAUCGAUUUCAAAGUAUUAAUGUGGUGUGGCGUCUUGCUGAUUCUGUCACCAGUGGCAUGGCAGCAAUAUUCCUUCACCGCUGAGUAUCUCAGUGACAAUAAUGCACAACCAUCAACCAUACCUAACCUAUGACUAUAGGUUUCCAGUGUAGAACGAAUGUACAGAGAAAAAAAUAUAUAUAUAAAGAAUAAGAAUAUUCUGUCUUUAUUCUUUAACCGAAUUCCUGUGCUACUGUCUCGUCAAUUAAAAGUCUGCAGACGUUAAAUUGCACAAUUUGCUGAUUAUGUAUCAUGUUUGGUUAUUUGUGGCAUUGGGGUGUCACAAACAUCAUAUACCAUUUCCAAAACUAUGUUGCAUAUCAAAAUACUAAGUGGUACCUAUGCUUAACAUCUUA